GGGAGCCAGGAGAGGCUGUGUGUGUGUGUGUGUGUGUGUGAGCCCCUGCUCCACAUCUCCGACUGGAAACGCCACACCGGGCCGAAGGGGGUUUGACGUCCACGGCGUGCACGUUAGUUCUCGUCCCUGCUGGUCGGGGUACGAGUAGGGAGCUGGUCUCACCUAACAGAUGUGUCUGGGACACUCCUAUAUAUUUAUUCUUUAAGUUACACACAGGUCCAGACGUGCAGGAUGGCGGGUUUGGAGGGGUACCGCGCCGACGGCAGGCCGGAGGUGAGGGCCGCCACCCCGGGCGACGGGUACGUGAAGGAGUUCACGCGCCACUCCGGCGACGUGCUGCUGAACCUGAACGAGCUGCGGCACCGCGGCAUCCUGACCGACGCCACCCUGGUCGUCGGCGGCGUGCACCUGCAGGCGCACUGCGCCGUGCUCGUGGCGUGCAGCGGGUUCUUCUACUCGCUGUACUCCCACCGCGUGCUGCUGCAGGGGCGCGGAGGCAGCGUGGAGAAGCCCAUGACCGUGUCCCUGCCCGGCAGCCUGGACCCGUCCAGCGUGUCCCUGCUGCUGGACUUCAUGUACACCUCCCGCCUCCCGCUGACCACAAGCAUCGUGUCCGGAGUGCUGGCCGUCGCCACGUACCUGCAGAUGGACCACGUGGCCGACGCCUGCCGGGACUUCAUGCAGCUGCACUGCUCAGAGAACAUGAGUGCGAGACACCCUCAUUUGGAGCUGGACUCCAGGGUGUCUGUAGCCUCUGUCGGCCCCAAAGGAGGGGACCUGCCCAAUGCAGCCAGCCGGCAAGUCUUCCCCGUCCACGGCGCAGCCAGGGUCCCAGUGGUCGCCGGGGGAUCUCUCAAGCCGGGGGUUUUCCCGAACUUCCAGCCCGGGUCAAAGGAGCCGAAAGGAGAGCCCGAGUCGCCCCUCGCCGGCACCCCGGUCCCCUCUCCCAGCAGCCCCGCCCGCUCCAGCUGCCAGCCAAACUCCCCGUCGGAGUCCAACACCUGCAGCAAAAACCUAAUGAGUGACACCAAAGCAACGCCAGACCCAAAAGCCUGCAACUGGAAAAAGUACAAGUACAUUGUCCUCAACCCUCUGUGCGCCGCCACCACGGUGAAGGUGGAGGAAGUGGAGGAGGCUCAGAGUCAGGCCUCCCCCACCGCGGACAGGACGGGCCCAACAAGCAAAGCUCCCACAGAGGCGUGGUCUGGAGAAGUGCCUGGUCAGAUUGAUAGACAGGGGCAGGCCUCCUGCUACGAGGGUUCUGGCCGAGCCCCUCCCCUCGGGCCACCCCCCUCUGUGCAUCCUUCUCACAAAGAAGAAGCAGUCUCGCCCGGCACCGUUUUCCCAAAACUGCACCCCUCCGAUCCAGAAGCCGCCCAUCACCACCAGCAGGCGGUCAAGUGUGAGAAGUACUUCAUGCCUUACUGCUAUUCCGGCAGCCCUCAAGGACUCAAAUCUGCCUGUUCAGGUGACAAACCGUAUCGCUGCAACGUGUGCGGGGCUCAGUUCAACCGGCCAGCCAACCUGAAGACACACUCCCGCAUUCACUCUGGAGAGAAGCCGUACCGCUGCGACACCUGCGGGGCGCGAUUUGUUCAGGUCGCCCACCUCAGGGCCCACGUCUUGAUUCACACGGGGGAGAAACCUUACCCCUGCCACACCUGCGGCACCCGCUUCCGCCACCUGCAGACCCUGAAGAGCCACAUGCGCAUCCACACCGGAGAGAAGCCGUACACCUGUGAGAAAUGCGACCUGCAUUUCCGCCACAAGAGCCAGCUGCGCCUGCACCUGCGGCAGAAGCACGGGGCCAUCACCAACACCAAGAUCCGCUACAAGGUGCUGAGCGAGCCCUUCCAGCCGCUGCUGCAGGCCUGCUGAAGAGGAAGAGCGUCACUCGCCACUGGCACUCGGGUCAGUGGAUGACCCCGACUCUGUCCACCGGUGCCAGAAAAUGUGAAAUUUGGUGAAUGAGUGUUUCUGUUUCAAUACAUUUAUCAGUUUUAAAUGGUUACACAGUCAAAGAAAACUUUUAAAAAAAAUCAGGGAUAUUUACAUGUAGUCUUAACUGUUGGACCCGGCUGGGAGCUUGGAGGCAGAACAGGUUUAUUAGUGGGAAUCUAAGAAGGUGAUUUAAAAAAUUUUGAGUAAAGAAAGUGAAGGUUGAAGGUUUGUGAAGAGUUGGAGUGAAGGGAGACGGAUAUGGAAGGGAUGGCGAGUCGGACAGAAGUGAAAGCAUGAGGAAAGUCAGAAAGGAGGAGAAGAGAAGGAGAAGUGAGUUUUAGAGAGAAACUAAAGGGAACUGAAGAAGCACUUCUGAAAUGAGUAUUUAACUGAGACGUAUAUUAACCUCAUGGCCCGGGGCCUGUGUGUUGCUUAAAAUUAAAAAGAAAAAAAAAAGAAAAAAAAAAGUACACUGUGAGAGCUGCUUUUACAGUCCAAGCAGGCAAAGGACUUUGUGUUGUUUUUUUUUAAAUAAAUUUAAAGACGAAUUCCAAUAAUAUUUUGUUUAAGAAUCUGCAUUUAAGUAAGACAACUCAAAGCAAUUGAAUAACUAAUAAUGAUAUGAAAUUUGUAUGUUUAUGAGUUGAUUUGCUGGACAAAGGUGGUUUUUGUACAAUUUAAAUUAAAUCAU